AUGCCUACCCAACAUACUACCAAAAAAUUUGCAACGGAAGAGGGAGACUCCGAUUUUGGUCAUAAGAUGGCAGGAUUGUGGUCAAUCCGACAACAAAGGAUGCCGAAAAGAUUGUUACUCUCAGGACCUUCGAGAUCGCGCUACUGGCGACACUGGCAGCUGGACAAAACAAAGAACAAUCUGGGCGAGAUGGUGAAGAAACUGGAGAAUACAGAGGGGAAGAUGGAAGGAGAGAAGAAACGGGCCUCGGAGUACCUCAAAAUGGCUACGGAUGCACAGAGCGAGCUAGCCCGGACUAUCUCCUUGUUCUACUUCUUGAUCGCUACUUUUACACCAGUUCGCCUUCUCGCAUUGAGCAGCCUAUCACAUGGGUAA